AUGUUACCGAUUCGGCAACAUCAAACUCAAUUAAUUGAAAAUGAUAUCCUACGCAAAACUAAAUUUAAAAUAGAAUCAAGAAAGAAGAAUUUUUCACACGUUAUCAAAGAAAAGGCCAAAAAAUACUUGGUAUUAUUUCUGGAAACUUCUUCCAUUCACGGCCUGAACCAUCUUGUUGUUACUGAUAGACAUCCAUGUGAAGUUUUCAUUUGGCUGACUAUAGUGAUUCUAUCCUUAUUUGGGACGGUUUAUCUCUCUGGUACCACUUGGAUUCGUUAUCAGUCAUCUCCGACUGUAGUCUCUAUGGACCGGGAUAUGUUCGCGUGGAACACUACCUUUCCUGGUGUCACUAUUUGCCCUGCUGAUGGUAAGAUCGACCCUGAGAAGUUAAGCAACUAUGUGAAGCAUUCAGACGAAGACAAGGAGAAACUGGAAAUAUUUAUCAAGGCGCUGGCAAAUGCUACUUUUGAAAACUUUGACACUAUUCCGAAAUACGAUGGCAUCGUGCCCGAAAAUUAUAUGAAAGUGUUACUGAAUUUGUCUUCUGCUUUUCACCCCACCUUGACUAUAGGUGCUUCCGGAAUCCAUCUUCAGAUUGUACCAACUAUAACGGAGAUGGGACUAUGUUACGCUAUCAAUUCGAAAGUUGCAAUUUAUAAUUCACCCGAGUAUAGAGCGAAAAACAGAUGGGACCUCGUUGGAUUAAACAGUUCUACGUUUUUUGUUCAUCCAUUAGACGGCGAAGUUUUUGCGCAAGUUAUGAAUAUAUCCACGUCAUACAAGGCUUAUAUUCAUGGACCGUUAGAAGUUCCAGAUAUUUCUACGAAACACCAGCACUCCGCUCCGAAUUUCUAUAUGAAACUUUAUGUAACCGCACUGACAGUUUAUACGGCACCAGAAGCGGCUAAAUUAAGCGUGGCUCAGCGUCGCUGUCGUUUCCUUCACGAGAAUAUCCUGAAACACAACUCUGUGUACACAUACACAAUGUGUCGCAUGGAGUGCAGAAUACGACUGUGUCUUAAGUACUGCAGCUGUAUACCGUACUUUUACAGGAAAAUUGGCGACGAAAAAAUAUGUGACGUGAAUGGUAUGCACUGUUUGGCAAAACAUAGAGAUGAGCUCUACAAACUACGGGAGAAAAAUGGUAAGAAAAUUCAAUGUGAAUGUGUUCCACUAUGCGAUGACGUCAAUUACAUCAUCCAAUCAAAUGAUUUACAAGCUUGGUUUCUGGGCACUUACUUCCAAUGGGGGAUAGUCACUUAUCCCAGAAUGAGAUAUCGUAGGGACAUCAUCUUCGGAUUCACUGAUGUAUUGGUGGCUGUUGGUGGAAUGGCUGGUCUCUUUCUCGGUUGCAGUGUCCUUAGCUUCAUGGAGAUUGUGUAUUUUCUAACUCUGCGUCUGUUUUGCUACACACGAACUACCAGAUAUAAUUAAUCUUCUAUUGCACUUUG